UCUUAACAGGAUGAGGAAAGGUUGAGUUUUAUGCUGCUGUACUUGUGGAAUCUCUGAAAAUGAAUGAGUCAUGGAAAGCUUGGUGUUAACCUUGGUGUUUCCAGGAUUUGUUCCAAAAGCACUGCUGUAAACUCAGUCUUUCUCUUCUUUCCUUCCCCUGUUUUUCUUGCAGAUUUUUUCUAAUGUAAAAGAUCAUCCUGAACCAUGGAGGUCCUGCAGUGUGAUGGCUGCGAUUUUCGAGCUCCAUCUUAUGAAGACCUAAAAGCUCACAUUCAGGAUGUUCACACUGCUUUUCUGCAGCCAACUGAUGUCUCUGAGGAGAGUCCUACACAGCCAAGGUCUGGUUCCAUCAACGCUAGCAACCAGACUGAGGUUGAAUUUUCUUCUGUAAAGGAUGAAUUCGCAAUUGCAGAUGACAUAGCAGGGCAAAAUGCAUCAAGUCAGAUGGGGACUGGAAGUUACUAUAGCCAGAGCCAGACUUUCUAUGGCCAGCAUAUGGCUCCAAAUCCUAAACCAACCAGCAAGUUUUUCCAGUGCAAGUUCUGUGUGCGUUACUUCCGUUCCAAAAACCUCCUCAUAGAGCACACACGGAAGGUUCAUGGAGCACAGGCUGGGGGGAGCUCAGUGGGGCCACCAGCUUCUAGUUCCCUAAAUUACAACAUCAUGAUGCAUGAAGGGUUUGGUAAAGUUUUCAGUUGCCAGUUCUGCACCUACAAGUCACCCAGGCGUGCGAGGAUUAUUAAGCACCAGAAAAUGUAUCACAAAAACAACCUGAAAGAGAGUUCAGCUCCUUCUGCUGCUGCUGCUGCUGCUGUGUCUGAAUCAACAUCUGCUUCUGUGCCAGUGCAGGAACCCUGCAAGGAGCUGCCGGCAGAGGUGGUGGAGCGGAGCAUUUUGGAGUCGAUGGUCAAGCCCCUGACCAAGUCUAGGGGCAACUUUUGCUGUGAGUGGUGCAGCUACCAGACACCUCGGAGGGAGCGCUGGUGUGACCACAUGAUGAAGAAGCACCGCAGCAUGGUGAAAAUCCUGUCGAGCCUGAGACAGCAGCAGGAUGGAACCAGCGCACCUGAGGUGCAGAGUAAGAGUGCCCAGAGUGCCUCUCCAAACUCGAAUUACAUGUCCAUGAGCACAACAGGACGUGAGAUGUCGAGUGCUAAUGUCUCAAACUUCAGGGGAUCUAUGGGCAAUUCACUUAUGAGGCCCAACUCUUCUACAUCUUCAAAGUUUUCUUCUGUGUCUUACCCUCAAAUGAAGCCUAAGUCACCUCACAACUCGGGCAUGGUUAAUUUGUCUGACAGAUCCCGCUAUGGAAUUGCUGAUAUGACGAAUUCUUCUGCUGACCUGGAAACAAGCAGUAUGCUAAAUGACUCCAGCUCAGAUGAAGAGCUAAAUGAAAUGGACAGUGAGAAUGGCUUAAACUCCAUGGAUCACCAGACCUCAGGAAUGUCUGCAGAGCAGCUGAUGGGAUCUGAUGGAAACAAACUAUUGGAAACAAAGGGAAUUCCCUUCAGAAGAUACAUGAACAGGUUCCAGUGUCCUUUCUGCCCUUUCCUGACAAUGCACCGCCGAAGUAUUUCCCGCCACAUUGAGAACAUCCACCUGUCUGGGAAGACAGCUGUGUACAAGUGUGAUGAGUGUCCCUUCACCUGCAAGAGCUCUCUGAAGCUCGGUGCCCACAAGCAGUGUCACACAGGAACAACAUCUGACUGGGACACCAUGAACUCCCAGGCCGAGAGCAUCGCCUCGUCCCUGAACGACAGCACGGUGUCUUACGAGAGUGGGAAUAUCAACGGCAGGAAGUCCACUGGGAUGAUGGAACCUGUGCAGCCUCAGCCGCAGCAGCAGCAACCGCAGCAGCAGCAGCAAUCACCCCAGCCCCAUUCACAGCAUCCGUACAAAUGCACGUUGUGCAACUACUCCACCACCACUCUGAAGGGCCUCAGAGUUCAUCAGCAGCACAAGCAUUCCUUCUGUGACAACUUGCCAAAAUACGAUGGACCACCAUCAAAUGCACCGCAGGAGAGCGAGGCAGAUGCUCACCCCUCUGCCAGCACUGUGAAGAAGAGCCAGACCUCCAUCCUUGGGCUCUCAUCUAAAAAUAAUUUUGUUGCAAAAGCCCCUAGGAAGGUCUCAAAUGACUUCCCUUUAGAUCUCUCCCCGGUGAAAAAGAGAACUAGAAUUGAUGAAAUAGCCAGCAACCUGCAGAGCAAGAUCAGCCAAAACAAACAGCAGGAGGAUGCUGUGAUUAACGUAGAGGAUGAUGAGGAAGAGGAGGAGGACAAUGAGGUGGAGAUAGAGGUGGAGUUAGACAGGGAAGAAGAGCAAACAGAACCAAUGAUGGAGGUUUCCAGUUCAUAUGCACCCCAACAAAUGUGGGGCAGAGAGGCUAAUGAUUCCCAGAAGGACACAAGCUUCAGGAGCAUGCAGCAUGACUACAAUUCCACCAAUGGGGCAGAGAUUGAGCUCACUUUGUCUGAGGAUGAGGAGGACUACUACUCUGCUGUCAGCAUGAAGGAUCAUCAGAGCCCUAAUGCCUCUGUUCUGGGCAGCCAGUCUAACAUGUAUGGCACCGACCAGAACAAUGAGAAUUCAGAGUUCAGUGACACUGGCAGACUUUACUACUGUAAACACUGUGAUUUCAGCAACAAAUCUGCCAGGAGUGUUAGCACCCACUACCAGCGAAUGCAUCCCUACAUUAAAUUCAGCUUUAGGUACAUCCUGGAUCCAAAUGAUCACAGUGCAGUGUACCGGUGUCUUGAGUGCUACAUUGACUACACAAAUUUUGAAGACCUGCAGCAGCAUUAUGGAGAGCAUCAUCCUGAAGCUAUGAAUGUACUGAACUUUGAUCAUUCUGAUCUGAUAUACCGCUGCCGCUUCUGCUCUUACACAAGCCCAAAUGUUAGAAGCCUGAUGCCACAUUACCAAAGAAUGCAUCCCACAGUGAAAAUUAACAAUGCAAUGAUAUUUUCAAGCUAUGUUGUUGAGCAGCAAGAAGGGCUGAACACAGAGUCUCAGACACUGAGAGAGAUCUUGAAUUCUGCUCCAAAAACUAUGGCAACCUCCACCCCCGUGGCUCGCGGGACUGGUGUGCCAGCUGGUUUUAACAAAAGUGCUACCAAGAGUUUCAGUCCUGAAUGUGAAAAUCAGAAGGAACCUUCAGUCAACACUGUGGUUGUUUAUGACUGUGAUGUGUGUUCAUUUGCAAGCCCUAACAUGCAUUCAGUUUUGGUGCACUAUCAGAAAAAGCACCCCGAAGAAAAGGCCUCGUAUUUCAGAAUCCAGAAGACCAUGCGCGUAGUCUCUGUCGACAGGGGCUCUGCCCUGGCUCAAAUGUCAUUUGAGCUGGGGGCUCCCAUCUCCCCAAAACUGUCCAACUUGGCUUCUCAGCCUCCACCUCCCCCACCACCACCCCCAGACCUCUCCACCGAGCUCUACUACUGCAAACACUGCUCCUACAGCAACCGCUCCGUCGUGGGGGUGCUUGUCCACUACCAGAAGAGGCACCCAGAGAUCAAGGUCACGGCCAAGUACAUCAGGCAGGCCCCUCCAACCGCAGCCAUGAUGCGGGCAGGGGAGUUGCCCCCUGGCAUCCAGAGGCCACCGGUGUCCAUGCAGCAGCUGGGCCGGGGUGGGUCCGAGACCUCGGUGAACCCUCCCGAGAACGAGAUGUUCUUCUGCCAGCACUGUGACUACGGGAACCGGACCGUGAAGGGCGUGCUCAUCCACUACCAGAAGAAGCACCGCGACUUCAAAGCCAACGCGGAUGUGAUCAGGCAGCACACGGCCACCAUCAGGAGCCUCUGUGACCGUGGCCAGAAGAAAUCUGCUGGCAGCCUGCCCGCCCACAGCUCCGGCACCGAGCGGGACAAGUCCAAGCUGAGAGCCCUCAAGUGCAGGCAGUGCAGCUACACCUCCCCUUACUUCUAUGCACUGAGGAAGCAUAUCAAGAAGGACCACCCGAAUCUGAAGGCCACGGUGACGUCAAUACUGAGGUGGGCGUUUCUGGAUGGCUUGAUAGAAGCUGGUUAUCACUGUGAAUGGUGCAUUUAUUCACACACAGAGCCAAGUGGCUUGCUUGUGCAUUACCAAAGGAGACAUCCCGAGCAUUAUGUUGAUUAUACCUACAUGGCAACCAAACUCUGGGCAGGUCCCGAUCCUUCCCCUCCUGCCCUAGUGAUGCCAACAGAGAUGAAGACCUAUAAAUGCAGAGACUGCAUUUUUGAAGCAUCUUCUAUUUGGGAUAUUACUAAUCACUACCAAGCAUUUCACCCUUGGGCCAUGAAUGGAGAUGAGUCUGUGUUGUUAGAUAUCAUUAAGGAAAAAGAUACUGCUGAGAAAACCAUGCCACAGCCUGAUGAAGGUGGGGUCAGGAUGGAUUCUGAAGAUCAGAUGGCAACACCACAGAUGGAUCAGGAUCCAGAGUGUGCAGAGGAUCCCAGCCUUUCCCAUGAAAAAACUGUCCAACUGGCUUCUGCAAAUCCUGCCAUCUCCUCCACUCCAUACCAGUGUACAGUGUGCCAAUCUGAGUACAACAACCUGCAUGGCCUCCUGACACAUUAUGGCAAAAAGCAUCCUGGCAUGAAAGUGAAGGCAGCAGACUUUGCUCAGGACAUAGAUAUUAAUCCAGGGGCUGUGUACAAGUGCAGGCACUGCCCAUACAUUAACACACGCAUUCAUGGCGUCCUCACACACUACCAGAAGCGGCACCCAUCAGUAAAAGUCACUGCUGAAGACUUUGUGCAUGAUGUGGAGCAGUCAACUGACAUUACUCAGAAUGACGUGGAAGAGACAAGCAGGAUUUUCAAGCAAGGCUAUGGUGCUUACCGGUGCAAACUCUGCCCCUACACCCACGGAACCCUUGAGAAGCUGAAAAUCCACUAUGAGAAGUACCACAAUCAACCCGAAUUUGAUGUUUUUGCCCAGUCACCACCAAAGGUGUCUGCCUCAGUGGAGCCAGACAUGGUGACUGAAAUCAAGGCCUCCCCAGAAAUUGCUGCUGAGGAUGUUGGAGAGGUCUCCAUGCCGGCGCCUCAUUUCUCUAGUUCUCACUUAGUGUCUCACACAGUUUUCCGGUGUCAGCUCUGCAAAUAUUUCUGCUCCACCCGGAAGGGGAUAGCGAGACACUACCGCAUCAAACACAACAAUGUCCGGGCGCAGCCAGAGGGCAAGAACAACCUCUUCAAGUGUGCUCUGUGCUCCUACACCAACCCCAUCCGCAAAGGGCUUGCGGCACACUACCAGAAAAGACAUGACAUUGAUGCUUACUACACUCACUGCCUGGCAGCCUCCAGGACAGUAAGCGACAAACCCAAUAAAGUGAUCAUUCCAUCUCCUCCCAAGGAUGACACUCCUCAGCUCAGCGAGGAGCUGAGGAGAGCUGUAGAGAAGAAGAAGUGCUCUCUCUGCUCCUUCCAGUCCUUCAGCAAGAAGGGCAUCGUGUCCCACUACAUGAAGCGUCACCCUGGUGUUUUCCCUAAGAAGCAGCAUGCCAGCAAGCUGGGGGGAUACUUCACUGCCGUGUACGCUGACGAGCAUGAGAAACCAGCUCCAGCCGAGGAGAGGAACGACUUUGAAAAGCCUGAGGUGGAGGCUGAGGCUCAGGAAAUUGAGUGGCUUCCCUUCAGGUGCAUUAAAUGUUUUAAGCUGUCCUUCAGCACGGCAGAGCUGCUGUGUAUGCAUUACACUGACCACCACAGCAAGGAUUUGAAGAGGGACUUUUCCAUACUUGGAAGUGGCACCCGCUCUCAGAGCCCUGUCUACCAGUGCAAGCACUGUGAUGCAAAAUUGCAUAGCACGGCAGAGCUGACUGCACACUUGAAUGGUCAUAAUGAAGAAUUCCAGAAGCGUGCCAAACGUCAGGAGAGGAGGAAGCAGCUUUUGAGCAAGCAGAAAUAUGCAGAUGGUGCUUUUGCAGAUUUCAAACAAGAGAGGGCUUUUGGACACUUGGAAGAUGUUUCAAAACUCAAGGAGAGGAAGGUGGUUGGCUACAAAUGCAAAUUUUGCGUGGAAGUCCAUCCAACACUUCGAGCAAUCUGUAAUCACCUCCGCAAGCAUGUCCAAUACGGGAAUGUCUCUUCUGUGUCGGCCACUGUGAAGGGUCUGCGAUCUCACGAGAGGAGUCACUUGGCUCUGGCCAUGUUUACCCGGGAAGACAAGUACAGCUGCCAGUAUUGCUCCUUCGUCUCUGCUUUCAGGCACAACCUGGACCGCCACAUGCAGACCCACCACGGGCACCACAAGCCGUUCCGCUGCAAGCUCUGCCCCUUCAAGUCAUCCUACAACAGCCGCCUGAAAACCCACAUCCUCAAGGCUCACGCUGGUGAACAUGCCUACAAAUGUUCCUCCUGCUCAUUUUCCACCAUGACAAUCAGCCAGCUGAAAGAGCACUCCUUGAAAGUGCAUGGGAAAGCACUGACACUACCAAGACCCCGCAUUGUCAACCUUGCAGCCUCACACGCCCACCACACCUCCAAGAACCACACUCCUGCUGAAGAAGUGGAGGACUCUAAUGAUUCUUCAUACUCGGAGCCCCCUGAUGUUCAGCAGCAGUUGAACCACUACCAGUCUGCAGCCUUGGCCAGGAACAACAACAACAUCAGCCCAAUCCCACUUUCUGGGAGUGCUGCAGGAGUGGAAAAAGCAGAAGCCAUCCUUAACUGUGAAUUUUGCGAAUUCUCUUCGGGUUACAUACAGAGCAUCCGGCGCCACUACCGCGACAAGCACGGAGGGAAAAAGCUCUUCAAGUGCAAAGAUUGUUCCUUUUAUACAGGCUUUAAAUCUGCUUUUACUAUGCACGUGGAGGCCGGGCAUUCGGCAGUCCCCGAGGAAGGACCCAAAGACCUUCGCUGCCCUCUCUGUCUCUACCACACCAAAUACAAACGCAACAUGAUUGACCACAUAGUUCUGCACAGAGAGGAGAGGGUCGUUCCCAUUGAAGUCUGCCGUUCCAAGCUGUCCAAGUACCUGCAGGGAGUUGUGUUCCGCUGUGACAAGUGUACCUUUACCUGCUCCAGUGACGAGAGCUUGCAGCAGCACAUAGAGAAGCACAAUGAACUGAAACCUUACAAAUGCCAACUCUGCUACUACGAGACCAAACACACAGAGGAGCUGGAUGCUCACCUUCGAGAUGAGCACAAGGUGAGUCGUAAUUUUGAGCUGGUUGGACGGGUUAACUUGGACCAGUUGGAACAAAUGAAAGGGAAAACAGAAAGCUCUAGCAGUGAUGAAGAAGAAAAGGAAGAAGAGUUAAGCCCCAAGGCUCAAGAGAGAGAUCCCAUGAUGUUUCCUGACAGCAGUGCUCCGGAGAAGCGCUUUCCGUGCGAGUUCUGCGGCCGAUCCUUUACCGAGGGCUCUGAGUGGGAGCGGCACGUGCUGAGGCAUGGAAUGGCGCUGAACGAGAGCAAGCACAGGAGCAGCGAGGACAGCCAGCCCAAGGAGGACGUGGAGGAAACAGCCAGCACGUUGCCAGAAGAGAAGGAAGGCAUCGAGACCAUGGUGGUGGACUACUCCCACGGUGGGGAAACAGCUAUCAGCAUGGUGGCUGCUGACCAACCUCUCCUAGACACCCCGGAGGCCAAAAACGAAUAAG